UGGGACGGUGAAGUCUGGCAGGAGGUAAAGGGCAGGAUUAGAAGCUUGCUUGGAUUAGUAAUAGCCAGUUUUCGAGGAACAGUCCCACAUGGAUUGUUGUUGGAGAUUGGAGAUACAGUUCAAAUCCUAGAGAAAUGUGAUGGUUGGUACAGAGGAUUUGCCUUAAAAAAUCCAAAUAUUAAGGGCAUAUUUCCCUCGAACUAUAUUCAUCUGAAAAAUGCAUGUGUUAAGAACAAAGGGCAGUUUGAAAUGGUUAUUCCAACAGAAGACUCGGUUAUCACAGAGAUGACAUCUACUUUGAGAGACUGGGGAACAAUGUGGAAACAACUUUAUGUGAGAAAUGAAGGGGAUCUCUUUCACCGUCUGUGGCACAUAAUGAAUGAAAUCCUAGACCUGCGAAGGCAAGUGCUUGUUGGCCAUCUGACCCAUGACCGGAUGAAAGAUAUCAAACGGCAUAUCACCGCUCGCUUGGAUUGGGGCAAUGAACAAUUGGGUUUAGAUUUGGUUCCAAGAAAAGAAUAUGCUAUGGUGGAUCCUGAAGAGAUCAGCAUUACAGAACUCUAUAGACUGAUGGAGCAUCGUCAUAGAAAGAAAGAUACUCCUAUCCCAGCAAGUAGCCACCAUUUAUUCGUGCAGAUGAAGAGCCUGAUGUGCUCCAAUUUAGGAGAGGAACUGGAAGUCAUCUUCUCACUUUUUGACAGUAAAGAGAAUCGACCAAUCAGUGAGAGGUUUUUUUUAAGACUGAAUAGGAAUGGUUUGCCAAAAUGUCCAGAGAAGCCAGAAAGACAUUGCUCUCUCUUCGUGGAUUUGAGUAGCAGUGAGCUUAGGAAGGACAUCUACAUCACUGUUCACAUUAUACGGAUAGGCCGAAUGGGAGCUGGAGAGAAGAAAAAUGCUUGCAAUGUACAAUACCGCCGGCCCUUUGGCUGUGCAGUCCUCAGCAUUGCAGAUCUACUGGCAGGAGACUCAAAAGAUGACCUCAUCUUAAAAGUAUACAUGUGCAACACAGAGAGUGACUGGUAUCAGAUCCAUGAAAACAUCAUCAAAAAGCUAAAUGCUCGUUACAACCUGACAGGCUCCAAUGCUGGUCUAGCUGUUUCACUUCAAUUGCUUCAUGGAGAUAUUGAACAAAUAAGGAGGGAGUACACAUCUAUGUUUACCCAUGGAGUAUCAAUAACAAGGAAGCUGGGUUUUUCCAAUAUUAUUAUGCCUGGUGAAAUGAGGAAUGAUUUAUACAUCACUGUAGAAAGAGGAGAGUUUGAAAAGGGAGGGAAAAGUGUGGCCAGAAAUGUGGAAGUAACAAUGCACGUUGUGGACAGUUGUGGUCAAAUUUUAAAGGAUUUUAUCUCCUUUGGUUCUGGGGAGCUGCCAGCUAGUGAAUACCACUCCUUUGUCCUUUAUCAUAACAACAGUCCCAGAUGGGCUGAGCUACUGAAACUUCCUAUUCCUGUGGAUAAAUUCAGAGGAGCACACAUCCGCUUUGAAUUCCGACAUUGUUCCACAAAAGAAAAAGGUGAAAAGAAGUUGUUUGGCUUUUCUUUCGUGGCUCUGAUGCAGGAAAAUGGGAGGACAUUGCCAGAUGGCACUCAUGAACUCAUUGUGCACAAGUGUGAAGAAAACACAAGCCUUCAGGAUUCUAGUCGCUACCUCAAACUCCCCUUUUCAAAGGGAAUUCUCCUAGGGAACAACAGCCAAGCAGUAAAAACUACUAAAGAGUCUUUCUGGAUUACAUCUUUUCUCUGCUCCACUAAGCUCACACAAAAUGGCGAUAUGCUUGACCUUCUCAAAUGGCGAACCCAUCCAGACAAAAUAGCAGGUUGCCUCUCAAAAUUAAAAGAAAUCGAUGGUUCAGAAAUAGUGAAGUUUCUUCAAGACACACUGGACACUUUAUUCGGGAUUUUAGAUGAAAAUUCUCAAAAAUAUGGGUCUAAAGUAUUUGAUUGUUUGGUUCACAUAAUAAAUUUGCUGCAGGACAGCAAAUUUCAUCAUUUUAAGCCAGUAAUGGAUACUUACAUUGAAAGUCAUUUUGCAGGUGCACUUGCGUACAGAGAUCUUAUAAAAGUACUGAAAUGGCAUAUUGAUCGAGUAACAGAAAUAGAGCUACAGGAGCAUAUCCAGGAAGUGUUAAAGGCACAGGAAUAUAUUUUUAAAUAUAUAGUUCAGUCUCGGAGACUAUUUUCUCUUGCUACUGGUGGACAAAAUGAGGAAGAAUUCCGGUGCUGUAUUCAGGAACUCCUUCUGUCAAUUCGAUUCUUCCUUUCCCAAGAGAGCAAGGGAGCAAGUGCUUUAUCUCAAUUACAAACUGUGUUUCUCAGCUCAUUCCCAGUUGUAUACUCAGAAUUGCUGAAGCUCUUUGAUGUGCGAGAAGUGGCAAAUUUGGUGCGUGAUACUUUAGGCAGCUUGCCAACAAUCAUGCAUGGGGAUGAAUCUCUUCAAGCUGUUAAACUUCAGUGCAUUGGAAAAACAGUGGAGAGUCAACUGUACACUAACCCAGAUUCCAGAUAUAUUCUUCUUCCAGUAGUUUUGCAUCAUCUCCACAUGCAUUUACAAGAGCAGAAGGAUCUGAUAAUGUGUGCUCGUAUCCUUAGCAACAUAUUUUGUCUCAUCAAGAAAAAUAGCUCAGAAAAAUCGGUCUUGGAAGAAAUUGAUGUGAUCGUGAACAGCCUGUUAGACAUACUGUUGAGAACCAUAUUGGAGAUUACAAGCCGACCUCAGCCAUCCGGGUCUGCAAUGCGCCUCCAGUUUCAAGAUGUGACUGGGGAGUUUGUCUCCUGCCUCUUGUCACUCUUACGACAAAUGACAGACAGACAUUACCAGCAACUUCUUGAUAGCUUCAACACCAAGGAUGAGCUAAGGGAUUUCCUGCUGCAGAUUUUUACUGUAUUUCGAAUUCUGAUACGACCAGAGAUGUUUCCAAAAGACUGGACAGUGAUGCGUUUGGUGGCUAACAAUGUUAUCAUUACAACAGUCCUGUACCUUUCUGAUGCCCUUCGUAAAAACUUCUUAAAUGAAAACUUUGAUUACAAGAUCUGGGAUUCCUACUUUUAUCUUGCGGUCAUUUUUAUAAAUCAGUUAUGUCUGCAAUUGGAAAUGUUCACACCUUCCAAGAAGAAAAAGGUAUUGGAAAAAUAUGGUGACAUGCGGGUAACAAUGGGCUGCGAAAUCUUCAGCAUGUGGCAAAAUUUAGGGGAACAUAAACUCCACUUCAUCCCAGCAUUGAUUGGCCCCUUUCUAGAAGUGACAUUGAUACCUCAGCCAGACUUACGGAAUGUAAUGAUUCCCAUUUUCCAUGACAUGAUGGACUGGGAGCAAAGGCGCAGUGGCAACUUUAAACAGGUGGAAGCUAAACUGAUUGACAAAUUGGAUAGCUUGAUGUCAGAAGGCAAGGGUGAUGAAACCUACCGGGAGCUCUUCAAUAGCAUCCUACUGAAGAAAAUUGAGCGGGAAACAUGGAGAGAAAGUGGCGUUUCAUUAAUUGCUACUGUAACACGUCUAAUGGAGAGGUUACUCGACUACAGGGACUGCAUGAAAAUGGGGGAAGUGGAUGGUAAAAAGAUUGGCUGCACUGUUAGCUUGUUGAAUUUUUAUAAGACUGAAUUGAAUAAAGAAGAGAUGUAUAUUCGGUAUAUUCAUAAGCUUUAUGACCUUCAUCUGAAAGCACAAAACUUCACAGAGGCAGCCUACACACUAUUGCUGUAUGAUGAGCUAUUGGAAUGGUCCGACAGGCCACUGAGAGAAUUUCUAAAUUAUCCCAUGCAAACAGAAUGGCAACGCAAAGAGUGUCUUCACCUCACUAUCAUCCAGAACUUUGACAGGGGGAAAUGUUGGGAGAAUGGUAUUAUCUUGUGCAGAAAAAUUGCAGAGCAGUAUGAGAGCUACUAUGACUACCGAAAUCUCAGCAAGAUGAGGAUGAUGGAAGCUUCCUUGUAUGAUAAAAUUAUGGAUCAACAGCGUUUGGAGCCAGAAUUCUUCAGAGUAGGAUUUUAUGGCAAAAAAUUUCCAUUUUUCCUGAGAAACAAGGAGUUUGUUUGCCGAGGACAUGACUAUGAGAGACUGGAGGCUUUCCAGCAACGAAUGCUGAAUGAGUUCCCACAUGCCAUUGCUAUGCAACAUGCUAAUCAGCCAGAUGAGACCAUCUUUCAGGCAGAAGCACAGUAUUUGCAGAUCUAUGCAGUGACCCCAAUUCCUGAAAGUCAGGAAGUCCUGCAGCGAGAGGGCAUCCCAGAUAAUAUCAAGAGUUUUUAUAAAGUGAAUCACAUCUGGAGAUUCCGGUAUGAUAGGCCAUUCCACAAAGGGACCAAAGAUAAGGAGAACGAAUUCAAGAGCCUGUGGGUAGAGAGGACCACACUGAUCUUAGUACAGAGUUUGCCUGGGAUAUCUCGUUGGUUUGAAGUAGAAAAACGUGAAGUAGUGGAAAUGAGUCCUCUUGAGAAUGCUAUUGAAGUGCUGGAAAAUAAGAACCAGCAGCUGAGAACACUGAUUAGUCAGUGUCAGACUCGACAGAUGCAGAAUAUUAACCCACUCACAAUGUGUCUGAAUGGGGUCAUAGAUGCAGCAGUUAAUGGUGGUGUUGCUAGGUACCAAGAGGCAUUCUUUGUGAAGGACUACGUCUUGAACCACCCAGAGGAUGGUGAGAAGAUCACACGCUUGAGAGACCUGAUGUUUGAGCAGGCCCAGAUUCUAGAAUUUGGCUUAGCUGUGCAUGAGAAGUUUGUGCCUCAAGAUAUGAGACCUUUACACAAAAAGCUAGUGGAUCAAUUCUUCGUGAUGAAAUCAAGUUUGGGAAUACAGGAGUUUUCUGCAUGUGUUCAAGCAAGUCCUGUUCACUUCCCUAAUGGCAGUCCACGGGUAUGUAGAAAUUCAGCGCCUCCUUCUAUGAGCCCAGAGGGUGCCAGGGUAAUUCCUAGACGCAGUCCAUUAAGUUACCCAGCUGUCAACAGGUAUUCAUCUUCAUCAUUGUCAUCACAAGCUUCUGCUGAAGUCAGCAAUAUUACUGGGCAGUCAGAAAGCUCUGAUGAAGUUUUUAACAUGCAGCCUAGUCCAUCUACCUCAAGCUUGAGCUCUACUCAUUCUGCUUCACCUAAUGUGACCAGCUCUGCUCCAUCCAGUGCUAGAGCCUCUCCUCUGUUGUCUGACAAACAUAAACACUCCCGAGAAAACUCUUGCCUGUCCCCAAGAGAGAGACCAUGCAGUGCCAUCUAUCCUACUCCUUCAGAACCUUCGCAGAGAAUGCUGUUUAACCAUAUUGGAGACGGUGCUUUGCCACGAAGUGAUCCUAGCCUGUCUGUCCCUGAGAAGGCUGUAAACACUACCCCCAGCAGCUGGAGCCUGGAUAGUGGGAAAGAAGCUAGAAAUACAUCAGAAAGUGGAAAGCUUAUAUCUCCUCCUGUGCCACCAAGACCCACACAGACUGCUUCACCAGCAAGACACAUAGCCUCAGUUUCCCCUUCUCCUGUUGGCAGAUCUCCAAUGAAGGGUUCUGUGCAGUCAUUUACCCCAUCUCCAGUGGAAUAUCAUUCCUCUGGGCUCACCUCUAAUUCCCCAGUCUUGUCAGGAAGUUACAGCAGUGGAAUCUCUUCACUUAGCCGAUGUAGCACUUCUGAAACUUCUGGCUUUGAAAGUCAAAGCAGUGAACAAGCUGUAAUUGUUCCCAGCUACAGUGUUUCUGAGGAGCCAGUGCGAAAAGAAAGUAAAACUCCCCCACCUUACAGUGUCUACGAGCGAACUUUGAAACGUCCUGUUCCGCUACCUCACAGCCUCUCCAUCCCUGCCCCUUCGGACCCACCAGCCCUGCCACCCAAACCACAGCUGGUGCGGCCCAGCAAUCUGGAAAACAGCAGCAGGAGGACUGAACAGGUUCCUCGUCCCAGGCCUCUUCCUCGGAAAGUGUCUCAGUUAUAA